GUGCCUGGGGGCUGUUUGCACUAGCUCAGUAGCUUAAUACUUUUUACAUACAUUUUAGAGCUUGAUUUUUAUUUCGGUGGAAGGAUUCUCCUUGUGUAAGCUUGGAGAUUUCUGCAUCCAACUGCUUCUGCCCUGAAAGUGAUACAAAUUUUAUCCUGUGAACAAGAGACAAAAGAAGUGCUAUAAGGCAGUUUUCUUUUGGCAUUGCAGGUGCAGCCUCUGCUCCCAGGAUCAGUGACUGUAAUGAUUCAAGACCUGUGUCUGGCUUUCCCUGCCCCAGCUGAAGCUGAAAUUCAUGUGUCUGAUAUCCAGGAAUUCACGUGUGAGUUGUUGGCAAGGUGGAGAUUGGAAAAACAGUUAAAGCUUAUGUCAGAGUUCUGGAUGACUCAAAGAAACCUUUUCUGGCAAAAUACUUCCCUGUCAUGGAUCUCAGUCUCAAAGCAGCAUCUCAGUUUGUCUCACUUGUCCCCCUGAGGGAGGCUCCGGAUGAGCACACUGCUGCUUUCCUGGUGCAUGGGAUGAGCAUUGGGCAGACGAAUCUGAUGGCAACUGUGGCUGACAGAAGAGGACAGAGACUCAACUCUGCUCCACAGCAGAUUGAAGUCUUUACCCCAUUUAGACUACUGCCAAGGAAAGUGACCCUAAUUAUUUGGGCCAUAAUUCAGAUGAGGCAUCGUCUUACAUAUUUUCUUUACUUUGUAAUUUCUGUUGUAAAAUGAAUCUUCAUAACUGGAUUUUCAGCAGGAAAUACUCAACUUGACAUUUAUCUGCAUUCACACUGAAUGGACUGACAGGCUUGUUGGAGAGGGGCUUUGGGCAAGGGCCUGGAGUGACAGGACACCAGGAGUGGUUUCAACCCAACGCAGGGCAGGGCCACAUGGGAUAUUGGGCAGGAAUUGUUCCCUGUGAGCAGGGGGAGGCCCUGGCACAGGAUGCCCAGAGCAGCUGUGGACGGGUCUGAGAUCCUCUGCAAUUUCCCAGUCUCUGAGCAGAUCAGGAGGCGCAGCUGUUUUCACAAGGGAGUGCUCUGGCCCAGCCCCAAUAGCCUGGGCAUUCUCCUGAUCUUUACCUGUGAGUUUCACAAGCAUUGCCUCCUGAAGAUGCCACCUGUCCAAUGGGGAAUGUUUCCAUCUGAUCCAGCUGUUCCUCUUCCUUUUUCAAGUAAUUGACCAAACGCCUGUGCAGAAAGAGGCACUUCCUGGAGGAGGCAGUGGGUCAGUGCCAGCCUCUGCUGCAGGAAGGAAGGCGAUGCCAAGCACGGACACAGGCAUGGGCACAGGAGGUGAUUGCUGUGCCGGGCUCAGCCCUCGGCGGGGCUGUGUGGCAGCAGCUCUUCCCCCAGGCCCUGCCCUUGCACGGCCCGGCAGCAGCCAAAGCUGGAGGUGCCUCGGCUUCCAGGCCUCUGGAGCUCGUUCACAGCCCCGGGGAAUCAGGACUCCUGCACCAACAAUGUCCCUCUUGCUGCAGCUGCUCCCGCAGCCAGCCCUGAGUGCCCAGAGGCCCCAGGCACAGGAGCAGCCCCGAGCGGGAGCCCUGCUGUGAGCCCGAGGCCAGAGCCAGCCCUGGCACACAAUGGAAACCUUCUCAUCUUGGUUUGCUUCUAGAUGGGGAUGCCCCAAAGGCUUCUCCAUUAGCCUGGCGGUAUGACGCUUUGAAGCCCUCUGGGCAUCCUGCAGGUAUGUUCUCAGUGUCUCAUAAUCAUUGACCAUCUGGAAGGAACCAGGUGACAGAAGCUCCUGUGCCUGUUCAGUUACAGGCGUUUCUGCAGAGAGGAUCUCUCCAGCUCCUGGGAUGGAUGAUGCACACCAACCCAGCUCCCAUCACAGGGGUGAGUAGUGUGUCCCUGCUGAACCCACAGGCUGAGCAAUGGUUUUGUGGGGUCUAUUCCUGGGAAAUGGAACAACUUUCUGUUAAGAUCCUCCAAUAGGAAACACCAAACACAUGGCAGACAAGAAAUCCCAGAAACCAUUUGAAGUCAUGUGGAAAAUGCUGAAGGAAAUGGAACAGGCAGGACAAGGUGGGUGCAUUUCCCUCAGCCUUCCCCUGGGACUCAGCAGACGGGGCCUUGCCCUGCACAUCUGGACAGGCCCUGCCCAGCACAGCGGGAAGGGAUCCAUGGCAGCCUCACUGCCCUGCUGCUGCUCUCCUGGCCUGCAGGGCUGUUUCCCAGCCUGGGCUGGCUGCAGCUUCUCCCCAGCUUCUGCAGAAGGGCAUUUGGCACCAGCUGACACGGACCCCAAACUGCACCAUGGGCCAUGCACACCCUGAGAUCCCCUGAAGUUUCCCUGUCUCUGAGCACAUCAGAUUGAGGGGCUGUUUGGAGAAGGGACCAGCAUAGGGCAGUCCCAACAUCCUGAGUGUUUUCCGAUGCUUAUCCAUACCUUUCAAAAAUAUUCCCUCCUCAAGAUGUUACCUUCCCCAUUCCCCAUGCGGAAUGUUUCCAUCUGAUCCAGCUGUCUCUUUUCCAUUGUCGGGAAAUGAAAGGAGAGCCUGUGCAGAAGGAGGCAUUUCCCAGAGGAAGCAGAGAUUCUGUGCCAGCCUCUGCUGCAGGAAGGGAGGCGAUGCCAGGCACAGUCACAGGAGAUUUGGAUGGCAACCUGGAUUAUUUGGAAGCUGUGCUGGAAAAUGGCUUGAAGUUCUUGGAGGAUGUUGGAGAUAACCCUGCUGGUGAAAGUGAUCUGGCUUCCCAACCCACGUUCAGGAUGGAGGCUCUGGGAGAUGCUGAGGAAAUGGACCAAACAUCUCUGCAGAAGGAGGCACAUCCCGGAGGAAGCAGUGGCUCAGUGCCAACCUCUGCUGCAGGAAGGAAGGCAAUGCCAGGCACGGGCACAGGCACAGGAGAUGCUGCCGGCCCCACAACACCUGUUCCCGAUGCCCAGAACAGCCUCAGAAGUCGUUGCUAUUGGGAAACACACUGUUUGCUACAGUUAAUUGCAGGUCUGCUUUUUUUGGAGUUUUCCUUCAUGUUCACCUGUGUUGGAAUCUGGUGUUACUGCAAGAGAAAACGCAGCGCCUCUGCAGCUUCACAAGACCAGAUGACUUCAGCCAUGCAGAUCUGUUCCUGUCAUCAGCCUUCCCCAAGCCAGUUUCCAACAUGCCUUCCGCAGCUGCAUUACCCACUUACUGCUGGGGACAUGCUGCCACCACCCAUAACAGAACCCUCUGUCCCCAAAGGUGCUGGCCCUGGUGUCCAGCCAGGACAGGAGGUACAGCCCUCCUGCCAGGGUAGGGCCUGACUCCAGCAGCAUCUUUGGGCUUCAGCUCUGGUCCCUGGGUGCUCCCACCAGCACUGGCGGAGCUGCUUGUCUGGGCACAGCCAGUGCUGGGCAGGCAGCAGCUGGGCUUCGGGCACCUGAGACCAGCAGCUACUGUGUUUAGUUUUCAUUUUGCAAGAUUUAGAAAUAUUUUUCAUAGAAAAUUCUCCAAAUAUUUUGUCCCUUUUCCCACAACAGUUCUAUAUUUUUCAAAGUAGUUUUAGAAUUCUGAAAAACCUAAAAUAUUUUUACACUUCUAGAAUAAAAAUUAAAAUUCUA